AUGGCGGGACCGUGGCUGGCGCUCAUCACCCUAGGGUGGUGGGUGAGCGCGGCGGCGGCCGUGGCGCCCGACGUGUUCCCUUUGGACGCGUGUCCGGCCGGAGACAUAGCCACCGGACCGGACGGCUUUCACUGCAGCAGUCUGCCGGUCGAGUUCACCACCGACGGCAUUUAUCACAUGAGACAGAGCUCCGGAGAGGUGAUCCAGGUCUACUGUGACAUGAGCGGGGGUCGGUGGAACGAGAUCAUGCGCCGCGGCGUCGACUCUGAGCUGACCCCGGUCGCCCCGGCCGAUCAGCUGUCGUUUGCCGGCUCUCCAGGCUCGACUGACUUCGAUCAACUGUACGGAGACCUGCACUCGGAGUUCUUUGUCGGUAAAACAGACUUGGGACGAUUUGCAACCGAUUCCUCCCUUCGCACGGAGCUGAUGGUGGAGGUAGAGACCACGGAUGACGAGUACUAUUUUGCCAUUUUCAAAGUGGCCUCGCUCCAGCCGAUCGAAGUUAAAGGAUACUUUCUCGGCAAUGCCGGAGCGGGGCUGUUCGACACCUUGAACACCCACAGUUUCAACGGGGAGUGCUCGGAGGCCUGGUACGCCGACGACUGCACCCUCCUGAGCACGGUCGAUCGUCCGCACCUGACCCGUCCCCUGGACGGGGCGCCUCGAGCUGACGGCUCCUGGGACUGGCCCACCGUGCAAAAACCACUCAAGAGGAUCAGCAUGAAGGUGCGAGUCAACAAAGGCGAAUUCUGCACGCGGGGCGCCGAGCUUUCACUGGCCCUGAGCCCGCAAAAGCUGCUGGAGCUCAAUGCGGACCUCACGAUGUCUCCGUCCAUCACCACCGCCGAUGUGGCCGGCACGUCUGCGAUGGCCACCAAUGUCACCAUCACCUGUCGGGACCCGAGCAAGGUGAUCAUAACAAAGGACCAGUACCAGAUAAACGACUACUCAGCUCAGUCAAGCUCGAAGACCUUCAUUUGCAGAGCUCCUUCACAGAAUGCGAUGUUUGAUGAUUUACCUGUCGCCGCAGACGCCAUCUGUAUGACUCCCUGUCCGGCCGACUACACGCUGGUGGCGCCCACUGAAUGGACGGUGGGCGCCAUCACGGACACGGUGAACCGGCUCUCCUGUCUGUCGCCCGUGGUGGACCGGCCCGGCCUGGGACCCUACAAGGCGGCCCAGCUUUGCGGCCAGCGCGGCGAGCAGCUACUCGACUUCCCCGUGCCCAAAGACCGACUCAACAACCCGAGCGGAUUCAGCCUCAUCACGGCUAUGCACUACAGCAAGGAUCCGCAAGAUAACGUGAUGAAAAUUCGCGACUUGAGAGGCACCUUCAUGCCCAGUCACCAGUUCGAUUCGGGCGCCGCCCCCGGGGACUACAGCAACGGGGACCGAUGUGUGGCCCUGUAUGAAGACCCAGCCGUCGACCCACCCGGAACGAUGGUUCGCCAUUCGGAAUGCUACAACACCGAGCAUCGUUUUGUCUGCAUGAAAAACGUGGGUUGCGACGCAGAGCACUUCUUUCACGAAGGCUUCUGCUAUAACCUGCUGAUCGCCUCGUCUGUGAAGGAUCAUAUGGACGACUGUUACCCGGACCCUAAGAACGUUGGCGGUCGCAACGGGAUGCCGGCAGUGCCGACUUCAUCCCUGCUGACAGCUCUGGCCGCCCGGCCGGACAACCCCGACCUGCCCGUGGCCGUGGGCGUCUACCGACGUCAUGACGGCUUCUUCAUGAUGGACGAGCCCAUUGCGGACACGGAUAUUACCAUCAGUGACCCGGCCGAGCUGUGUGCCGUGCUUGACAUGACUGCCGGCGCCCUCACAUCCAUGGCCUGCAACGAGAACACGGUGCGCCCGGCGCUCUGCCAGUACCCGGGGCUGCCGCAGAAAGAAUGUCCCACGGUGAUGAAGCUCAAAUACCCCUCAUCGGUGGAAGCUGGAAGCGGUAAUCCGAACUCGCACAAUCAAGUCUCAACAGUAACAGCUGCGAACGGUUACAAUUUCUACGAGCAACAGUUUUCCCAUACGUUAGAGUACAAGUGCCUCGGUUUGAUGGAGGAUUGGGAGCUGCAAACAAAUCUGGACUCCCUGACAGUCCAGGACGUGAGCCACUGGGCACCGGCUGAAGUUCUCGCAUGCACCACGGAUGAUCAGAGUGGGUACCCGGCCAAUUCCAACUUCAGCCAGGCCGGCCCGCACCUGAUACACGCCUGUCGCUUCCCACUGCAAACGGCCAACUUCGAGACUGACCAGCAGCAAACCUGCAACCACGCCAACUACCUGUACGAAGGAGCUGUCAUAGACUGUGACCAAUGCAUGAUGAACCCGCUGGCGCCCCAUAGCGACAUGACGCUGACGAGCGACUGGGACAGCGUGGCCCGCACUCUGGGCACCGUCGUGAACUACUCCUGCUCCGCGGGACUGACUACCGUCAGCGGCGACAUGGUGCAGCAACAAACGUGCACUCUGGACGGAUGGGCGGGCGACAUUGUGCAGUGUGACACCUGCGAGUGGUUGCCGAGCUUCAACGCCAGCAGCGGCGUCAACAUCAGCGUGACGGGCGGCAUGCAGUUCGGCGGUCUGGUGGAGAUGGCGUGCCUGCCCGGUCUGGAGGCCGCCGACGGCUCCGUCUUCAGCUCGGCCAUCUGCACGCCAGACGCAUGGAAUCUCUGUCACACCAACUUCAGUUGCGACUUCUGUCACGGCCCACCGCUGAACCACACUGUGCCGGCGUACGUGUCCGGCCACGACUGGGACGGCUCGACGCGCAUCCAGGGCACCGUGGUCACCUACACGUGCGAGGGCGCCACGGUGACGGCCUCGGGCCUGCAGGAGCAGUACCAGAACUGUACCGACCUCGGCUGGGUCGGCGAGAUCUCCGACUGCGGCGUCUGUGCCGGGGAUCCGAUGAACGCUACGGGCGCCGCCAGUCGCCGGUGGGACGGCACGCGCACAGUCGGCGCGGCGGCCUGGUACCACUGCGCCGCCGGCACGGCCACAGCCGACGGCGCCACGCUGCAGAACCAGACGUGCACCACAUCGGGCUGGGAAGGAACCGUCCUCCUCUGCGACACCUGCAUUGGCGAGCCGGUCAACGUCACUGGGAUGACCACCAUCACAAGCAGCUUCACUGGGGACCGCCAGAUCGGCGACCAGGUGACCUACACGUGCCAGGCGCCGCUGACGACCAGUGCCGGCCAGCAGCUGCAGACAGUCAACUGCACCGACCAGGGCUGGCUCGGAGACGUGCUGCCCUGCGAAGUGUGCCCGCCUCCGCCGGCCGGGAACCAUUCCACCAUUCGGCAUAUGGACACCUCUGGCAACUUUGGCGACCGGCUCGGCUCCAGCAUCACCUACCACUGCAACCACCACCUGUACACGGCCGAGGGACACAACCGGAUCCAGGCGGUCUGCGAGGCGUCCGGCUGGACCGUCUGCGAGCCGGAGAUAGAGUGCAACUUCUGCGCUGACCUGGGCGACGUGUCGCAGUACGGCGGCACGCUCACCUGGGACUACACGGGCGUCAGAGAGGUGGGCACGGUGGUGACGCUCACCUGCGGCACCGGACUGGCCACGCCCGAGCUCAACACCACGCAGACGCUCACCUGUGGCCUCAACGGCUGGAACCGGGCCGUGCCCUGCUCAGUCUGCACGGACCCGGCGCCGACGCCUCCGGCCUCUCUGGAACCCAACGUCACCUGGACGCUCGGUGACCCGACCGCCAUCUACACGUGCCUGGAGUCGAAAAAGUUCGCCUGGGGUCUGACCACAUUCGAGAUGACGUGCUCGCCCACCGGCUGGCCGUGUGUGCCAGAGUGCGAAUACUGCGCCGGGUCGCCGGACCCUCCGGCCGGCGUGUACCCCACGGACGUGUUCUACAAUCCGGGCGGCCAGGCCACCUACCAGUGCAGCGCCAACAUGCAGACGGCGCUCAACGACACCGUGCAGACGCUGACCUGUGUGGAGACCGGCUGGGAGGGCGACCUGCUGCCCUGUGACGUUUGUAUCGGUGAGGUGACGGCCCCGAGUCCCGGUCAGAACCGCAUCUGGUCCGGCAACAACACGGUCGACACCAUCGUCACCUACGAGUGUGUGCCCGGCAUGGAGACGGAGGAGGGCACUACGUAUCAGACCCGCAACUGCACCACCGACGGCUGGACGCCGCCGCCGCUGCCGUGUGACCUGUGCAAUUUGGCGCCGGGACCGCGCCACUACAUGAGCCGCGACUGGAGCGGCAACCGCACCGUCAACAGCACAGCCACAUACACCUGCCACGGCAACCUGACCACGAUGGCCAACGAGACUGAGCAGACCAUCACGUGCACAGAGACCGGCUGGAGCGCCCCCGUCCAGCCCUGCGCCAUGUGCAAGGACCCGAUCCCGGACGCCGGCAACUCCACGGAGCGCAACAUGACCUCGAGGGUGGGCUGGCGGCUACCGGGUGCCACUGUGGAGUACCUGUGCUCCACGGGCGCCGUGCAGACGGUGACGUGCACGGGCAGCGGCUGGGAGCCCGAGGUGCUGCCGCCCUGCUGUUUGUCGAGGUCAUCAUCUGGCCUUCUUCGUCCUGGUGGACACCGCUAAAAGCCCUGCUGCGGGCGGCCUUCCACUGGCAAGCUGGCACGUCCUCCCGGCUUCAGGAAUGCGGGAUGGAGGACACCCUAAACGCGAAUAGGGGCAUCAGCUCCCAGCCGUCUUAUCGGGAGUUGAUGUUCCCUCAAUGUAAGGGAAUGGAAUAAAUGGAAUGAUGUUCCACCAUUGAGUGAAAAACGGAGAAACCGCUGUCGACAACGCAGAUGAAAAUCAUCUGUUUUAUGGCUGUGAAUUUUGUGCUGUUUUAUUUUUGUGUUGGGAUCAAGGCUGGGAUUGAUGUUAAUACCCACCACCAGCAAAUGUAACUAAAUGUGUCAGACUCUAGUGUUUGCACAUAUUUAUCAAACCGUAGCAUGGUAGCAUAGCUAUAUCGUUUAACGAUGCGAUGACGAACGAUCCCCUAUCUUUCGUGUAAAUGAAUUAAAUACUGGGAAAUAAGACAAUAACUAGGCACCAAAAGCGUCGAACAGUGGACACUUUCACCGCACGUGAGCCUAGGGCUUCUCAAAUCCUCAGCAUACUCGUGUCGCGCUGUACAUACAUAAACCAAGUUAGUGUCGCGGGACACUAUUCCUCAUGUCAGAUGAGUUGUGAAAGGUGGCCGUGAUUUCCUGCAAUAUGCCGCUUUUUAUCAGUCUGAAUACAUGUUAAGACCGGCAA